AUGUUGAGAACCCAACCUUCCAUCUUGCCAAACUUAAGGAAAACGAUAAUACGUGUACAGUUCCUGAAUCCAAAUACUUCUUUGGAUCUACCUGUUGCUUAUGCCCCUAAUGCUUGUAGUCUUCUACAUGUCAACCUACUGCUCAAGAUCCUUCUUCCAUGUGAACCUAUUACUCAAGUUGGACUAAACAUACUAGUUGGACUGAACCAAAUAAACAAGAAUAUCGCCGAAUUAAAUGGCAUAAGGCUGAACUCCAUGAAUAUAGAAUGUCUACCCAAGUCAAACUACCUGAAAUGUGGCCUAAAGACUCAAGAAGCAUCAGGGGAAAAGGCAAUGCCAGCUCAACCACCAAAACCGAUUUAUUAG